AUGGGCAAAUUUAUCAACCUUCUUUUUUGCAUUUUCAUGUCCAAUUUCCUCCUAUCUUCUGCUCAAAAUUGCAAUUCAUAUUCCUUCACAAACAACGCCAUCUACGCGACCUGUGUCACUUUACCUGUUCAAAACUCGCAUCUGUACUGGAACUACCACGCGAGCAACGGCACCGUCGACGUCGCAUACCGCCACACCGGGGUUUCAUCGGGAUGGGUCGCUUGGGCUCUCAACGUUGAUGGAGCCGGGAUGGUUGGUGCUCAAGCUCUUGUAGCUUUAUUCAACUCAAACGGCUCGGUUCAAGCUUACACUUCGGCGGUUACCGGCUAUGCGACGGGUCUGCAACAAAGUCCGUUGAGCUUUGACGUGCCGGCGAUUAGGGCGGAGAGCGUUAACGGCGAUGCGGUGAUUUAUGCGACGUUGGUGUUGCCUACUGGGAGGACCAACUUUAAUCAGGUUUGGCAGAUGGGUCCGGUUGCAAAUGGAGCUCCGAGUGCUCAUAAUUUGGGUUCGGAGAACAGAAAUUCCCUCGGAACGGUGGAUUUCGUCACCGGUCAGGCUGGUGAAGGUGGCGGCGUUGGUGGUUCACUGCUUCACCGGAGAAACACUCAUGGAGUAUUGAACGCAGUUAGUUGGGGAAUCUUGAUGCCGAUGGGCGCCAUGAUUGCAAGAUAUUUGAAGGUAUUCAAGGUGGCACAUCCUGCUUGGUUUUACAUCCAUAUUGCGAUCCAAGUUACGGCCUACGGACUCGGAGUCGCCGGGUGGGGGACUGGACUCAAACUCGGUAGUGACUCGGUCGGUAUCAAAUAUACGACUCAUCGUAACAUCGGGAUCACCCUUUUCGCCCUCGGAACCCUACAGGUGUUUGCACUUUUGUUGAGGCCGAAGCCCGAUCACAAAUACAGGAUGUAUUGGAACAUCUACCACGUGAGCGUCGGAUACACCGUGAUCUCCCUAGGCAUCACGAACGUGUUCAAAGGUCUCGAUAUUUUGGACCCCGAGAAGAAGUGGAAGAAUGCAUACAUUGGCGUACUUAUAUCUUUGGCCGCCAUCGCCGUCAUCUUGGAAGCUUUCACUUGGUUCAUUGUUUUGAAGAGAAAGAAGGAAGAGAAACAACAAGGACCCGUAGGCAACGGUGCCUAUGGAGCCAACGGUUACGGCCAUGGCCAGGCGGCAUAGAGGCGGAGCUUCUUCAAUCGGUGGUGGUUGCUUCUAGUUUUGAGGUUUUCCAGGAUGACACAUGGGUAGAUGGCAGCCAUUGAUGGUGGUGGUGGUGGUGGUGGUGGUUUGGGGUGGUAUAGAUCAUGUUUUUUUAGGUUAAUUAUUAAUAGUUUGUAGUUAAAUUCUUUGUUCUCAUGGGUUGUAAUUCUUUAUUGUUGAUGUGUGUUUGU